UCGUUGCGUGCAGCUCGUGGCAUCUCAACAAAGUCCCCCAAAGUCUCCAGUUACAUUUUGUGUGUUCCUUUGUGAUCUCGAACGAUAAGCGAACUCGACAAAAACCCCAAAUUAAAAUGGCAUUCAAGUACCUGAUCUUUGCCUCGGCGCUGUGCCUGAGCCUGGCCUAUCCGCUGGAGCAUCAGCAUCAGUACUACGACGAGAGCCACGGCUACGAGCACUUGGCCCACCACGAGCCAGAGCCGAUACAUGAGUAUGGACAGCAUCAUCAGAUUGAGCGCAUCUCGCUGGGCGAGGAGCAUGGACACCACGAGCAGGCCCACUAUGAGACCCACGAGCAUGAGCACGAGGACGAGCAUGUGGAUUAUUAUGCACCUCCCAAGUAUGCCUUCAAGUAUGGUGUCAAUGACUUCCACACUGGCGAUGUCAAGUCACAGCAUGAGACGCGCGAUGGCGACACCGUCAAGGGCCAGUACUCGCUGGUGGAGCCCGAUGGUUCCAUUCGCACCGUGGACUACACUGCCGACAAGCACAAUGGCUUCAAUGCCGUCGUCCACAAGACUGCACCCGUGCACCAUCAUGAGGAGCUGCACGAGCAGCAUCACUACUAGACGAGACGCGACGAGACCCGCAAAGGACAGGCCCGUAGACUACGUUUAACUUUGCACUAGAGUUAGCCAAAUUCAGCCUCAUCAGCCAAACAGAACAGAACAGACAUCCAGAACGAUCGAACGUGAAAUCAGCUUCAUAUCUCGUAAUUAGGAAACAUCAGCGCACACACACAUGCCACAUGCCACAUGCCACAUGCCACAAGCCCCAAAUGGCAAAAGGGGAUGCCCAAUCUCUUCCCUUGUGGUCAUGCCUCCGCCCCCCUACUUCAUAAUCAUUUGUACUCAUAUAUAUUUGUAUUUUAUUCUGUGAUAGCGAAUAAUAAUUUCUACGUAUAUCUUCCGCUUUCAACUGAUCCUUAGUCACUCCUGCUCAGACGAA